CCAUCGCAUCGACAUCAAUGGGAGACACCGCGCCAGGCAUCACGAUCAACCAGCCUGGGUCUUCGCACCCCGGUCUGGCGGACACGCCGACGGGCUUCCAGAGGCGCUGGUUCAUGGGCACUUGGUCGGUGGUGUGGAGCACGCUGCCGAUGUGGAAGCUGACAGCAGACGUCAACAUUAAGUACACGACCCUCUCCGAGGGCGACUACAAUAAGUUCGAGUCGGACGUGUCCUACCGCCCGCGCAAGGGCGGCUCGGUGUCGCGCGUCGUCGGCGUGGAGCGCCUGAGCCCCAGCACGAACGGUGCGACGUUCGACUGGCGCGGGAACGGGUGGCUGGUGUUCGUCACGAGCCAUUGGGAGGUGCUGGGAUAUGGCGUGCAGGUCGUCGACGGGGUCGAGGUCGAGUGGGCGGUGACUUCCUUCUCCAAGACGCUGUUCACCCCCGCCGGGCUCGACCUCUACCUCCGCCCUAGGUCGGACGCGCCGGCGUCGGCCGAGGUGCGCAAGGCUGUUAUUGAGCGCGUCGUGCCCCACAUUCGUGAGGUUGCGGGCGAUGUGGGCCGCCUCGGUGGGCAGGGGUUCGAGGUGCCGUAGGCUGAGCGGCUCAGCAGACGAGGCGCCAGUGAGUACGAAUUCUUGUCUUCAAUAUCACGGGGUGGUUGUAGAGAGCUUCAGUAGACCAUGCGACGGGUC